ACAAAGAGCAUUGUAGAAUUAGCCUAACUCCUUUGCAAUCGUUUUAUCGACAAUUGUAUUUCUUGCUAUGUAUUUCUGUUGUUUCUUUCGAAGUUCGUUAACUCUUAUCUCAGACGAUAUAAAACAAAAACCAAAUAAGCAAAAAGACAAGAUGUAAAAAAGCAAAAAGCAAGAAACUGGAAACAAAAAGCAAAUUGUAGAACAGGUUUUAUCUCGGGCGAUGUAAAACAAGAAAACGGAUAAAAAACAAAAAGACAAGAUGUAAAAAUAGCAAAAAAUACAGGAUAAUAUCGUAGACGAUUCAAGGUUUUCACAAUGCAACGCACGUCGUAGUUGUUCAUACAUCGGUCAUUUAUUGUAUGGAGGAAGGAAAUACCUACAGCUAAUCACGAGAAGUUACGACAUCGAUCGUUUACUGAUGUAUUCAUCGGCGUGACGUUCUGACUCAUUGGAAAUUUGCUUAUCAUUUUGCUAAUGAAGCUAUUAAAAGAAAUAAAGGGACAGAGAGAGAGAGAGAGAGAGAGAGAGAGAGAGAGAGAGAGAGAGAGAGAAAGAGAGUCUUUACACACACGCAUAUGAAGAAUAUGCAUGUCACGAUUAUGUAUUGUUCAUGCAGAUUAUGCAUCACUACGCACCACGCACCUCGAAUUUCGAUGAUGCUCUAUGUCUACGUAAUAGACCACACCUCGCCAACCGAAGCGAAGUUGCCUAGCGACGUUACGAAUCAACAAACAAGCCACCCAGCCGACCCGAGAUCAUUGACAGCCACCGUUAGCUUUUAGCUUAUUCAGCGUUCCCCAGUUUCCGUUUUGUAACAAUAAUCAAAUCGAGUCUAUCGUGUAAGAUAGCGCGGUGAAAAAGGAUGGUGGGCAAGAAAGAGAGAAUGAGGAUAGCGGCGAGUUAUAAAGUGAAUGAGCCGAUACAUAAUUUAAAGAUAAGGGUGCGAGUCAUGCAGGAGAGGUCCCCGUUGGCUGAAUUGCUGGCCGAGGAGUCCGAGGGUGGCGAAACAAGAGACUCCAACUUUUUGGAAGAAGAGGAUUGUAUUUUUAGCUGGCAGGACAAAGUGUUCAGCUUAUUCGAGAUUGACUUCUAUGCGGACGAAAAAAAUUGUCUAACCGAACGUCAGCGAGAGUACCACCAGCGUAUACGUGACGAGCAGCUGCAGGGUGCAUGUUUGUAUUCGUAUACGGAAAAUGACUCCUACUAUCCCGAUGACGACCUCCUGAUGAUGCCUUACAGGUCGUAUUUGUCCGUGAAGAAUCAAACCGCGUUACCGGCUUUGCGGAAUCGCAAAUCCUUUCAAGAACGAUAUAACAAGAAUGUAAUAGAUGACAAGACCACGGAUACUACGAUCCAGUCCAAUCAUUAUCUCUAUACCGAACGUACCACCAUGUACGUGAUGGCCGAUCUGUCGCGUAGGGAUGAAUCCGCGACCAUCGGAUCGACGGACUCAGAGACGUUGCUCUGCACGUUGACAUAUGACAAAACGCGCAAAUUGCUGACGAUUAAUCCCGAUUUCACGAUCGAUGACGAGCACAAGCUGCACUACAACGUCACCAACGAUUACGGCGUCAGGUUUAAUUAUUGGAUCGAGCACGUUUCCGAGGAGCGAACACCGCUGGAAUUACAGGAGCACCUCGAAGACGUGCGGCGUGAAGUACAACAGCAGUUUGCUUAUAAAGAAACAGAAUUAUACAAGGAAUUACAAUCGCCACCAGCGAAUUUAUCCGCACUAGUUAUAAGUUUGGAUAUUGUAUCAGCUCAUGAUUUCUCUUACGAUGGAUUGUUUAUUACCUAUUUCAUCGAUUUGCCGCAACAUUGGAGUACAAAUCAGAAAGAAAGAUUGGUCGGCAGAACGCAGAAAAGCCGUUUAGAAAAUAAAACUGCACAUUUUAGUUAUUGUACUGACAUACCCUUGUAUUAUCCAUCAAAUGAAUUUCAAUCAUUAAAUAAUAAUACAUCAUCACGUUGGCCUCGAUUAUUAUUCUCCGUAGCAUCUCUAGAUAGUUGGACCAGGUAUCGAAUAGAAGGUUACGCAGCAUUACCAAUACCAAUGACACCUGGUAGACACAAAUUUACAAUUCCUACAUGGCGUGCGAAAGGAAGUAUUAUUGAUACAUUGAGACGUUUUUUUGUUGGUGGUUCUUAUGAACUUGAGGAUGUAACAUAUUGCGGUAUUCCAAUUAAUCACGAAGGUAAAGUUUUAAAUAAAUCAAAUUUGAAAGUCGUACCGAGUGGGAAUAUUAAAAUUUAUAUGAAUAUAAUACAUCAAAGUGGAGCACACAUGAAAUAUUUCAAUUAUCAAAGAGAUGAUUCGGAUAAAAUGAGCACAGAUACACUCAUGAAUAAUGUUGAAAAUGUUCUUGAACAAUUUAAAGCAGCUAAAGAACGUAUGAUACGAAUAAGAAAAAUAAAUUCUUAG